AUGGCCCGGGGUCCGGGCCUCCCGCCGCCGCCACCGCGGCCGUUACCGCUGCUGCUGCUGCUGCUGCUACUGCACCUGGCGGCGGUGACCCGCCCCGCGGCCGCGCAGGACAACUGCACGUGCCCCACCAACAAGAUGACCGUGUGCGGCCCCGACGGACCGGGUGGCCGCUGCCAGUGCCGCGCGCUCGGCUCGGGCGCCGUGGUCGACUGCACCACGCUCACCUCCAAGUGCCUGCUGCUCAAGGCGCGCAUGAGCAGCACCAAGAGCGGCCGCGGGCUGGUUCGGCCGAGCGAGCACGCGAUCGUGGACAACGACGGCCUCUACGACCCCGACUGCGACCAGGAGGGCCGCUUCAAGGCGCGCCAGUGCAACCAGACGUCGGUGUGCUGGUGCGUGAACUCCGUGGGCGUGCGCCGCACCGACAAGGGCGACCAGAGCCUGCGAUGCGACGAGCUGGUGCGCACCCACCACAUCCUCAUCGACCUGCGCCACCGCCCGGCCGCGCGCGCCUUCAACCACUCGGAGCUGGACACCGCCCUGCGGCGCCUCUUCCGCGACCGCUACCGGCUGCAGCCGCGCUUCGUGGCGGCCGUGCACUACGAGGAGCCCAUCAUCCAGAUCGAGCUGCGGCAGAACUCCUCGCAGAAGGCCCCCGGCGACGUGGACAUCGCCGACGCCGCCUACUACUUCGAGAGGGACAUCAAGGGCGAGUCGCUGUUCGCUGGCAGCGGCGACAUGGACGUGCGUGUGCGCGGCGAGCCCCUGCACGUGGAGCGCACGCUCAUCUACUACCUGGACGAGCAGCCGCCCCAGUUUUCCAUGAAGCGCCUCACCCCCGGUCUCGUCGCCGUCAUCGUGGUGGUGGCGCUGGCCGUCGUCGCUGGCGUGGUCGUCCUGGUGGUCAGCAACCGCAGGAAGGCGGGGAAGUACAAGAAGGUGGAGGCCAAGGAGCUGGGGGAGUUGAGAAAUGCGCCGAGCCAGUAGGCACUUGGCGGGCCUGGGGGGUGCGGGGGUGUGGGCGUCGACCCUAAGCAGAGGCUGAGACCCGGUCCAAGGGAGACAUCUCUCUGUCCCCCCACCCCCUGCCGCCGCGUCCACUCUCCACCUCCUCCCGGGGUCACCCGCCUGCUGACUUCUCUCUGGAAGGAAGCAUUUCUAAACUUCCUUCCUUUUUGGUCCAACACUGAGAAUGGCUCCGCGGUCGGUGUGGGAAGCCAAGUGCCUGCCAGGGACAGAAUCCACCACGAAGGCUGAAGUGGGCUUAGAUGGGAAGCGGCGCUUUUUACUGUUCUGGGGCUUGAGCUAGCCAAUGAGCUCCACUUGUGUGGCUUCCCGGAGGAGUUUGUUAAUUGGGCCUGCGAGGUGUUCUGUACCGCGGUUGGUGGGACCGACCACAGCUCCGUCGCCAAGACGAAGCCCAUUUUCGCUCCUGAGCGCGCCCUAGAUGCCAUUGAGGGCAACCCCCUGCCCCAGAAACUCAGUGUCUGGUCUUCAGCUCGCCCGGAGGGCAGCUCCUGUUAAUUGUGUUUCCUUUUGUAAAAUGUUUGUACAUAGAUUGUCUUUAAUAAUGCUGCUGUGAUUUUUUAAAAAAAAUAAAUAAAAACAAAUUGAAUAAAAUACC